CUGUGUCUGCUCCGCACAGCUGGGGGUAGCCAUCAAGGGUAAUCCAGAAAAUACAUGCAUCCAGGAGAAAUCCACUGGAUGACCAUAAAAGGUAGUGGGAACCCCUCCAUUACCCCCACCCCCCAAACAGCUGAUACCAACUUCUCCCAGCUACUAUAAAUAGCAUCUUCCAGGCCUUUGCGAUCCAUUUGAGCAGCGAACUUGGAAGAGUGAGCAAUCCUCAGUAUAGUUGUUUCUGUUGUGCUUUUCUACAAAUCUUUACAAUGAACAAACUUAAAAUUGUUAGACCAGAAGAGAGUCAGCCAGCACAUGCGGUGUGGUUUGACAGAAAAAAAUAUGUCACCAUUAACUUCAAGGUGCAGAAACCUAAAGAUGUCCAGGUUGACAUCCAGACGGACAAAAUGAUCUUGUGCUGCAAGAAUGACACAGAUGAUGUGAUCUACAAUGAGCUCCACUUUUAUGAAAAAGUCCAAAUCCAUGAUUCAAGGGAACGAGUAUAUGACCGCACCAUCAAUGUCUUGCUCAGGAAAAUAAAGCCCGAUUAUGCGUGGCCUCGUCUUCAGAAGGACCCAGAAAGGCCUAGUUGGAUUUCUGUGGACUUUGAUAACUGGAGGGAUUGGGAGAAUGAAGAAGAAGAUGGAAGGGAAGAGUAUGAAAAAUAUGUCGACAUGAUCCAGGACAUGGCCACCAGUAAUAAAGGAGCAGCACCAGACAUGAGGGAUCUUAGUGAUUCUGACUGAGACCUACAGCGUCUUCUGCAGGUUGGAAACCACCACAGAGUUCAGUGCUUUUAAGUCUCUUGUGAACAAUUUACCAAAGUGAACUUUUAAUGUAAUAAUUUAUUCAUUGUGUCUUGUUCCAUGCAUAUAUCAUUGUAAAUUGUAAUAUAAAACAACCCGAAUCUGUAGGUUGGAAACUACCACUCUGAGUUUAUUGCAGAGGACAGCAUUGUUUGUUGGUACUGUACUUGUAAUUGUCUUUUGAACUAUUCAUCUUGUCAUAUAUACAUGAAACAUUUUUGUUUGUAUAAA